UCGUUUGACUGCCGUGAACUGCUCUCCAUUGCUCUUUGCUCACUGUCUGCCCAAUAUGGUUCGCAAGGAUCCCAUCUUUGAGGCUCGUACCAAUGUCAAGUUGCAUUCAAACCGCCUCAAGAAGGAAUCCGCUCGUGCCGAAGCGACAUUCAAAUCUGAAAAGGCGAAGGCCGACAAGGCGAUGAAAAAUAGAGAAUUUCAAAUUGCUCGCAUUCAUGCUGCAUCUGCAGUACGAGAGAAGAGAAGGCAGGUGACUCUUCGAGCGGAGGCUGCUCGUGCGGAUGUCAUCAUCAACGAACUUAAGGCCGCACAGAGUACGCGCGACACUUCCCGAACUCUUGCUUUGGCUUCAAGGGGGCUAGAUGCGGCUUCGAAAAGUGUCAAUCUAGAGAACUUGGUUUCACAUGCGAACAAUUUUCUGGCCCGCUCCGAGGAUUUCAAGAUCGCCAGCAGUGCUAUAGAAGACGUUGCUCAGGGAGUCUCAAUGCAAGAAUAUGGUGCGGAGGGUGAGGCCGAGGUCGAUCGCUUGAUGGAGCAACUUGCAGACGAUGCCGGUGUGGAUCUGCGCAUAGCUCUAGAGCAAGAUGCUGCUCCCAGGGAGGAGGUUAAGGAACAGAAACAAGUCGACUCGGAGCUGGAGGAUGGUCUGGGUGCUAGGCUCAGAGCUCUACGGGCAGCAAACUAGAUACAAGCUUGUACAAUUUCUAUUUGUCGCGCCCAUAAUCCGUUCUACUCCUCAUUAGAUUUGCGGCGCAAACUCAGGCGAGGGCAGGUAGCAUAUUCAUUUUCAUUCGUCAGGUUUGUCAUUGGGACAUUGGGAUUAUUUGAGCCUAAGUAACAUGCUGGUGUUCGUCUUAGGGCAUCUGCCUAGACUCACGUUGAUGUUCUCCGAUACGUCUUUUGUCUGACUUUUAUCUACUUAUACCCAAACAAUCCUUU